UUUCACAGUUUCCCAUUCAAAUAUAGUUCAGCUGUCCGAACGAUUGCAUAAUAUGUUCUUUUUUCAAAGAUGUUCCCGUCCUCCGCCUGUCUUCACUCAUUCCUGCUCGCGGAAUGAACAUCUGGUCCAGUACUUCGCAUGCCUGAAUAUUCCCAGCAGAGCAGAAUACUGCGUUGUAGGAUGGUCUCCAAGUCGCAAUGGAAUACGCCCGCCCUGUCUCUUCCGCUAUUGCAACAUAAUAUAACCCAGGACAUGUUUUCGAUACGAAGUCAUCGAACUAUUUCUCCCGCAGCGGUUUACUCUCUACUUACAGGGCAAUAAUUUUUCCUAGAAAAAAUGAGGAAAACGAACGUCUGUAUGAAGCGACCCUUCCUUAUCUUCAACAUCAUUCUCGGGAUUAUUGGAGGCCUAAUACUUGCACUAGCAAUCUUUGGACAUGGUGCAUACCAUGCAAUUGAAGAGGGUGACAACAUGGUGCCGGGAUUGGUCUUCUUCUACAUCCUCGGGAUCGUUGUGGUGGUGGUCUCCGUGCUCGGGGCUUAUGGGUCGCGGAAAGAGAAGAAGUGGGCCCUGAUCCUGUGCUGUAUCGGGGCAUCCCUGCUGUGCAUUACCAUGAUGGUGAUAGCAGGGAAAGCGGCAGCUUCAAAAUCGCAGGUUCAGGAAGCUAUGAAGGCUCAUUUUGAAGACAAGAAACCUUUGGACAAGGCCGAUGAGCACACCCAAAAUUCUCUGGACGCUUUACAGAAGGAGUUCGAAUGCUGUGGAAUGGACAAGGGUUACCAAGAUUGGGGAGAACAUAUCCCACCCUCAUGUCACUGUCCCGAAUAUUACAAGAACACCUCCAAAUGUAUUGAAGUACCUAAAACUGCCAAUGUGUCUGAAGAAGUGGUUUAUUCUGAGCCCUGCCUUCCUCUUGUAGUAAAAUACGUGGAAAAAGCAAUCAACGGCAUGUUGGGAAUACUGUUCGGAUUCGCUUUCUUUGUGAUGAUUGUGGCAGUUAUGGCGGUGGUGCUGCUUUGUCAAAUGAGAAGACAGCAGAAGCCAACACCGAUGACCUUCAGCGUGCACUCCAGUGAGCCGGAUUAUAAGGAGCUUCCUGAACCAACCGAAAACAUUUGAAAUGUUUGGAUCUAUUAACUGGGACUGCAAGAGCCCAUUGACUUUUAAAAAAAAAUAUUUGAUAUUUCCUGCAAUUUUAUGGAUAUUACUUUAUGGUCUAAAUGUAUGUUCACUGUAAUAUGGUACAUUUUCGUUGUAUUGUUGGAUUGUGAUUUUUUUUUUUUUUAAAGGUACAAACCUUAAAGACAUGCCAUGCAAGAUUUUAACCUUAAAAAUAUUAAAAUCACCAUGCUAAGGCAUAUCUAUGAUGCACUGGCCAUCUCUGUGUUUGUGCACGUGGUGGUUACCCGUAUUUGUUAUUCUAAAAUGUGUCUGGGAGGUCAGCGCUCCUUUCUGUGUGGGGAGGGCUGGCCGUGGCUACAGAGCCUGUGGUUUGGGAUCAGAUAUCAAGAGAGUGUUUUUUUGCUGGCCAUAGACAUUAACAUUUAACUAAACAGGCAAGCACGCCAUCUGCUGACCUAAACUAGUGAAGUCCCGACAAUUAGCCAGUACUGCACAUGCCGAGGGAAAAAAAGCAUUGCAGCUCGCGUUAAAAUGAAGGGGGAAUAUCCCACAAUUGAAGCCAAAAUAAAACGUCCCCGGUGGUAUUCUGAAACUAAAUUAACGAUGCGUGGCAUCCUUUCGCUGUUGGCGUGAGUGUGUGUCUGAGUGUAUGUGUGAAUGGGUGAAUGAGAGGCAUCAAUUAUAAAGCACUUUGGAUAUAUAUAUAUAUAUAUAUAUAUAUAUAUAUAUAUAUAUAUAUAUAUAUAUAUAUAUAUAUAUUAUAUAGAUAAGAAAGCGCUAUAUAAAUACAGUCCAUUUACCAUGAUUGUAAACACAGGACCACAGCAAGGCUAAAAAAAAUCCUGCAUGGUAUGCCUUUAAAUUCUAUGUGUGUUUAAAUUGGCUGGUUAUUAAUGACAUGGGAUAAAUAGCAGCCAUGUGAAUGUAAUUUUUAAUGUAAUUUGUAGAAAUAUGGAAAGCAGCAGUAUCAUGAAGACACAUUGGUAUCUCAGAAACCACUCAGUGCUAACUAUGUACAUAAAGUAUGUACUGUGUGCUAACCAGGCACAAUUAAAACACUCAGUACUAUUUAGUUUUUGAGUAUGAAGCAUGCUGUAAAUAUAUGCUACUUUCUGCUCAUUCAUCAAGCAGAAAUCACAACUCACACAAUCCACCCUUAACAAUAACAUUUCUCCUGAGAAAUUAAAAAGUAGUUCACUGUUAGCUUAACUGUUUAUUAACUACUUAACUAUUAUCAUUAGCUCCUGCAAUAAGUUACAUGAAUUUUAUCGAGUUACUUUAUUAAAUUAAAAUUGCUAUCUGCAAACUACAUUGACAGUACAAUAACAAGGAUUUGUUUGCAAAAAGUGGCUAACUCAUGAGCAUUUGGGAAACUUUUGUUUGUUUGCUAACUCACCAACACCUACCACUAUAGUAUUAUUUUUUUAAUACCAAUUAUGUUUUCCUACCUUUUGUUCUGUGCAGGUGCUGCACAUGUACAGGUCGUUUUUUAGUAAGUUCCUGUUUUAUUUUGCUGCUUUCACAAUAAAAUAACUGUUCUUAAGUUUCUAUGGCAUUAAAUAAAAAUGUUUUUCAACCAGA